GAAGUGACGUUGGCUCCCCCUCCCCGGCGGCGGCUCUAGACCCGGGCGCGGCGGGCGGUGGAGGCGGCGACGGCGGCCCGAGGAGCGGGCGGGAUCAUGGCGGACGGUGUGGACCACAUAGACAUCUACGCCGAUGUGGGCGAGGAGUUUAACCAGGAAGCUGAAUAUGGUGGACAUGAUCAGAUAGAUUUGUAUGAUGACGUCAUCUCUCCAUCUGCAAAUAAUGGCGAUGCCCCAGAGGACCGUGAUUAUAUGGACUCUCUCCCACCAUCAGUUGGAGAUGACGUAGGUAAAGGAGCAGCACCAAAUGUUGUCUAUACAUAUACUGGAAAGAGAAUUGCGUUGUACAUUGGAAAUCUUACUUGGUGGACAACAGAUGAAGACUUAACUGAAGCAGUGCAUUCACUGGGAGUAAAUGAUAUUUUGGAGAUAAAAUUUUUUGAAAACCGUGCUAAUGGCCAGUCAAAGGGGUUUGCCCUUGUAGGUGUGGGAUCUGAAGCAUCCUCCAAAAAGUUGAUGGAUCUCUUGCCUAAAAGAGAACUGCAUGGGCAAAAUCCUGUUGUAACUCCAUGCAAUAAGCAGUUCCUGAGUCAGUUUGAAAUGCAGUCAAGGAAAACUACACAAUCAGGCCAGAUGUCUGGAGAAGGUAAAGCCGGUCCUCCAGGAGGUGGCUCACGUGCAGCGUUUCCACCAAAUAACAGAGGACGAGGCCGUUUUCCAGGUGGCAUACCAGGUGGGGACAGAUUUCCUGGACCUGCAGGACCAGGAGGACCACCACCUCCUUUCCCAGCUGGACAAACUCCACCACGUCCACCUCUAGGUCCUCCAGGUCCCCCCGGACCACCAGGUCCUCCACCUCCUGGUCAAGUUCUUCCUCCUCCAUUAGCUGGGCCUCCUAAUCGUGGUGACCGUCCACCACCACCAGUUCUGUUUCCUGGACAACCCUUUGGUCAGCCUCCACUGGGUCCACUUCCUCCUGGCCCUCCACCUCCAGUUCCAGGCUAUGGCCCCCCUCCAGGUCCACCACCACCACAGCAGGGUCCACCUCCGCCUCCCGGUCCUUUUCCCCCUCGUCCACCUGGUCCACUUGGGCCUCCCCUGACACUUGCUCCUCCUCCACAUCUUCCUGGGCCACCUCCAGGUGCUCCCCCACCUGCUCCACACGUGAAUCCAGCUUUCUUCCCCCCACCAGCCAAUAGUGGCAUACCUACUUCAGACAGUCGUGGUCCACCACCAACAGAUCCAUAUGGCCGACCUCCACCUUAUGACAGGGGUGACUAUGGUCCACCUGGCAGGCGUUUCACUGGAAAUAACAUGUCCAUAAGAGAACAAUUACAUAUUCCAUUGUAUUGGAGGCAUACGAAAAAUAAUACUCAAAACGCAGGGAGAGAAAUGGAUGCUGCAAGAACACCUUUAAGUGAAGCAGAGUUUGAAGAAAUCAUGAAUAGAAAUAGGGCCAUCUCAAGCAGUGCCAUUUCAAGAGCUGUGUCAGAUGCCAGUGCUGGGGACUAUGGAAGUGCUAUAGAGACCUUAGUAACUGCUAUUUCCUUAAUUAAACAAUCCAAAGUAUCUGCUGAUGAUCGUUGUAAAGUACUUAUUAGCUCUCUGCAGGAUUGCCUUCAUGGAAUUGAGUCCAAGUCUUAUGGUUCUGGAUCAAGAAGACGUGAACGGUCAAGAGAGAGGGACCACAGCAGGUCAAGAGAAAAAAGCAGGCGUCACAAGUCCCGGAGCAGAGAUCGCCAUGAUGACUAUUACCGGGAAAGAAGCCGUGAACGAGAGAGACAUCGUGAUCGUGACAGAGAUCGUGAUCGAGAACGUGACAGAGAACGAGAGUAUCGCCAUCGUUAGAGAAGAAUCUGAAGAGAACUUUGGUAAGUAAUGACAGGUAACUAUCUUGACUUGAUGUGGGUUUUUUCUUUUGCUAAUUGCAUGAAUAUGUAAUUUCUGUGGCGUGGUGUUUAUCUUCUCAGUUUUUAUGGAUGGGAGGAUUAAAUAUGUUACUGAAAAAGCAGUAGUAAAUCAGACUAAUCAAAAGGAGUAUGUUCUUUGCUUAUCUAAACUCUGAAGAUUAGAAUACCCACAACUCUUAAUCACAUUUUGCAAUGUCAUUUAAAGAUUUUAGAAAUGUUUAAAAUGCGAUUAUUUCAUUGUAGGCAGUACUUGCAUAUAUAAAAUCCGAAGGCCUAAGUCCUAGAGAAUAAGCUAAGUUUUUACACAGGUGAAUUUUCUGUUGGUUGCAAUGAAGGUUUUGCUCAAGUAAGGACUGAAAGAGGAUAUAGGGCUUUGUUAUAAAAUGUGACCUCUUAAUAUUUCCUGGUCCGUGAACUAAAUUCAGGUGGUGUCCCUUUUCAGUUUUCUGUGCUGCAAAAUUGGUGAUAGAAUUUCUGCCUAUAAUCUAAAGAUUGGUGAACAAAUGUACAACACCGGGAAUGGGUGGUUUUUUUGGUUAUUUUACACUCACUAAAUGUUUCAGAUAAACACAGUCCUUUUUAUGGAUUAAACUUUAUUUUUUAAAAAAAAAACAACCCACCACCAACCAUGUAAUUAGCUGUAGAGUAGCACUUUGGGUAGACACUUGAACUCUGGCUAGCCACUGAAAAAAUGUCAGUGUAAAUAGUCAUUGCAUAUGUAACUUAGUUAUAUACACAGUUUGAGGAUCUUGAAUUGAAAUUGCUUGAUUUUGACAAUUGAAACCAAAACCUCUCUGUCUCUGUCAUUUGGAAGUCGUAAUCUUUUCCUAUCCUUGUGUAUUUAGAACAGUUCUUUAAUAUACUGUGUUAAAAGUCACACGCAGAAGAAAUGUCUCCUGACAAUACUUUAUUUUUACAUUUACCUUACAAAUUUGAGAAAUGACGUUUUAAUGUGGCAUUUAGUCAUAGAAAUUCAUUCAAAAGACAUUAAUAUAGUUGGAGCAAAACUAUUUUGAGAAUCAUGAAAAUCUUAGUAAGCCUUAAGUAAAAGGCGUUCUAUCAGCCACUUAAAGUGAAUGUCAGUUUUUCUUGGCAUGGCUUGUAGCAUUUCUAUGCAGUAGGGACAGAAGUCUGACCUUAGAACAUCUGAUCCCACUUAAUAUUGGGACAAUAUGUAUUGUCCUUGGUUCAUGCAUUCCUUAGUAGCUGAUCCAUAUAGUAAUGGCCUAUGGAAGGGGAAUCAAAGGCGUAAAAGAGGCUGAAAAGAGGCAGCUGAAGUGAAGUUGGCAGUCAUAUACCUUAAUUGCUUAAGUGACAGUGGCCAGUGUUUUACUUUGUACUGUGUGCUAUUUUAGUACAAACAUUCCUGGAAUUGUAGAAAAAUUAUUCACGUGCUUCCUAAGCAUAAAAUGUCAGAACAAAAAGUCUCAGAUUUACAUGAUUGAAUGUGGUUUCUUUCAUUAAAGUGGAUUUUCCAUAGUUACCACGAAUUUGUUUUUAAAUGUACAGUAGAACCUCAGAGUUACGAACACCUUGGGAAUGGAGGUUGUUCGUAACUCUGAACAAAACAUUGUAGUGGUUCUUCCAGUAAUUUACAACUGAACAUUGAGUUAAUACAGUUUUGAAACUUUACUAUGCAGAAAAAAAAGCUGCUUUCCCUUUAUUUUUUUAGUAGUUUUCGUUUAACACAAUAUUGUACUGUAUUUGCUGCUGCUUCUUUUUUUUUUUGUGGCCUCUGCUGCUGUCUCUGGUACUUCCGUUUCCAAAUAAAGUGUGAGGUUAACUGGUCAGUUUGUAACUCUGGUGUUCCUAACUCUGAGGUUCUUCUGUAUUUAAGUACUACAUGUAGAUAGUAUUGUAUAGGAGGUAACCCAGUUGAGCUGAAUGAUGGUUGCUUUUCCAAGGCUUUCACUUCUUCAGGAGAAGAUGAAUAAAUGUCAUUAAAUACUGUUAAUUUGAAGUUCCAUAAAUUAAAAUUAAGGUGGGAAGUUACUUUGGAUGCACUUGAUUAUUGAAGCUUUAUAUUUUCAUGUAUUCAGACGAGGUGUCUGUAUCGUGGAACUUCUAUACGAAGUAUAGAUAUAUUUUCUCCCACAAAGUGUCUGAGGAAACAUGGUUGCAUUUAGUAUUUACCAUAACACUGUUUUGUUUUAUUUAUUUAUAUGCUCACACAUUUUAAGCAUGCUGUGUGAGAUUAUCUGAAUUAUUGUUUUAUUCAACUCAGUACACGUGGGAUUUUUACAUAUGCAGCCUCCCUUUAAAUUUGUGUGUUGUGCACCAGGACUUCCAUUAGGAUUAAGAGGAGUUGAGUAGAUAAAUUCCCCUUAAUGAAGAGGAAAAUAGACUGCAAUAACUUUAUUUAAAGGACAGAUUUAGUGAAUACAUGCAAAUGAGAAGUUGGUAUUUUAAAAGAUAACUUGUAAACAGUUUGUCUUGUUAUUGUCCUAUUAAAGAAGGCCAGGCCAAUAAACUUUUUGUAGUUUUUAUACAGUACUUAAUUUCAGUAAUCUUCUGGUGUGUGUUUCAUUUUCACCAGGAUAUAUGUUUUCAUACUUCUGGGGGGGGGAGGGGGUGUUACAUUAGAUUUGUUUAUGAACAGUAACCAAAGGUUUCCAGUCACUUCUAAAAUAAUAGAAAUACUGAGAGGAACAUUUUUUCACCCUUUAUGCCAGUGUUUUACCAGAUAAUGCGAGUUUCUGUGCCUAAAAGAUAUGAAUGACAGUGGUUUUCCUCUCUUUAUUCCCAUGUAAAUUUAGUAGUGCUGUGAUACCCUACUUGCAUAUUUUAACAAAAAUGUUAAACAUGCUCAUCUUAGAAGGGUUUUAAAAGUUCAUUGUAAAGUUUUUUAUGCUGUGAAACAUUAAUCAGUUUUUUAUUACUCAUUUUGUCAUUUGUAUCUACUUGCAUUCAUAUAGCUGGAUUAAAUUUGAAUAAUUUAAUAAAUGUUUUAUAAAAUUUUAUUGACAAAAACCUCAAAUGUACCAUAUCAAAUUUUCACACUUCUGUUUGUACAUUUAGUGAUCAAAAACUAAGUUGUCGAGUUGACUUAUACGCUUUCAGUUGGGCAGUUGGUCCUUAUGUACAUUGCCAGUGUAAUCUUGGCAAAUAGUUAUUUAAUUUGAAUGUUUUCCUGAAGUCUGUAACUUUUUCUAGAGUAGUGGUAUAAUUAUUAAUGUAAAAGUGCAGAACGGUGGUUGAUUUUAAAAAAAAAAGUACAACUUUCUGAUGUAAAGUAAUAUUCUAGAAAAUCAAGAACCUAUGUGUUAAUAAUCAGAGGAAUCCAAUUUAGAGGAGGAGUAACACCAAAAUGAACAUGUACAAACAGAAAAGUAAUGUAACUUCAUCAACAUUAGCCCCUGAUUUUUAGAAAGGUUUUAGUUUAACUGGUGGUUCAAUUAUGUAUUUCAGCUAUUACUGUCCCAUCUUAAUCUCACUGUCUGGAUUUUAAUAACUUCUGAAUGUUACACAUUAUUUCAUUUUAUGUUUUUGUUAUUGGGACAGCUGUUUUCUAAUUGUAUAAUUUUUUUUUGCA